AUGGAGACCGAUGAAGCUCCACCUGAAGCAAUGACCGAAGUCGCACUCGAGGAUCCAAAGCCGGUAUUCAAGGUCGAACGACGAGCACUUAAGACAUUCCGCAUUCUCUUUUACGAUCCAGAUGUCACUUCUACCCCCGGUGAAGUUCCAUGGAACAACUUUUUGCAUGCGUUGACUUCAGUUGGGCUUGCUGCCGAGAAGCUAUACGGGUCUGUUUGGCAAUUCUCACCAUAUACUCUGGAAGCCAAUGGGAGUAUUCACUUUCACGAACCUCACCCACAUAAUAAAGUACCCUUUGUCAUUGCUAGACGCCAUGGGCGGAGACUUUACCGAACUUAUGGGUGGACUGGGGAGCAAUUUGUACUCGACAAGUAA